UCAAAGUCAGCACAACACAAUUUCAAGCAUACAGCAAACUUGCCCAGCUGGUAAUUUCCUAGGAAUACUAAUACCCAGCUGAGGCGUGCGAGCGGCCGGGGAAUCAUGCGAUGGCUGAGGGAUUUAAAAAAUAUUUCAACAGCACCACAAUAAACGGGCGUGCCAAUGUCGCGAAAGCGACGUACGCUUCGAUAACGCUCAUUUACCUCUUCUACCGCAUGCGACGCGGGUCUGGCAAGAAUCCACCAUCGGACAAAACGCAGCAACCGGCAUGCAGUUGCGACAAGUCCAAAGAUACAAAUCCGAGACUGAGUGAUGAGCCAUAUUCUGGUAUCGAGGACCCAGAUGCCGGAAUCGAUGAACCAGAGCCGGACUGUGCAGUGUGUCGUGAGCGUGCUGAGCGCGCUAUGACCGAGUACGACGAGGAGCAUCAACGCAGAUCGGCCAAAGGGAAAUCAAAGAACAAUGGCUGCAAUGGACGCGAUGAGCCACCCACGCCCCCGCCGCCAUCAUCUUCGCCGCCGUCCUCGGGCUCAGGCACGCCUUCGCGGCGAAAGUGCCCGUGCGAAGAUCCUCAUCGGCGUGUGGAUUCGACGGCCAAAAUGAGUGCGCAGCUACAGCGUAUUAGCAUACCAGGACAAGAACAACAGCAAACUUGCCACAACAUAUCGGUGCCGUGUACGGAGCAGCCAACAGCCGUAGGCGACCUAAUGGCCCAAGUACCCGAGGCGGUCUACCGAGUGCUGCGCAACGUCGUCGAUGCCGUCCUUGGCAGCGCUGCAGUGACAACGGGUAGUGGCACAGCUCUCGGUGAGGCACCUGACGGUGCCGGCAUUAUUCCCGUGCAUGACCAUACGGCCAUGAGUGCCUCUACCACCAACCCGCAAACACAUGGGCAGCAAUUCACCAAGCAACAAGAAAACGAGACGGCGGAUUUCGAGGACAGUGGGCGGAGUAGCGAUGAGCUACUCUAUGAGCAGCACACGAGGGCCAACCGCUCUGUUAGCCCGGGUCCCCAGGUAGACCACACCCAUAACCGUUACCGUUACUUCACCGAUGGCUUCGCCUCAGAUAUGUUCUUCGAGAACUUUGAAGAGUAAGCCGAAGCUGCACCCGGAAAGUGAGAUUGCCCCUGGCUUUACAAAUUCCCAGUGUAAAUAAGUCUUUUUAUUUUUGAUAUAGGAUCAAAUUAAAUCAGCAAAAGCUAGUUAAAAUAUUCAUACGUAUAAAUUUGAUCGUUUUGAACACCUCCUGGUGCCGUGGUCCUUGAAUUCCAAGUUCUUAUGUUUUCAAAGCCUUCAUGCAAACAGCAGCCACAGCUAAAUUGAUUCAUGUACUAAUUUUAAAGAGUUUUAAAAUAGUAUAUUUUUCGAUAAAAAGCAAUAGCGAAUAGAUAUAACAACGACACUCAUUUAAAAUGUUCAAGUUCUACAAGAGCCCACAAUUAAAUAGAUCACAACAGAAUUAUCAAA